UUUAUUGCAUACCGAAUCGUCCCGUUGCUUUUAAAUCUUUCACCAAUGGCGAUCACUGAAUAGAAGAAGACCAAUAUAGUAUCUAUCCUUUUCGUUUCACCUGAAUACAAUGAAAGUGCGCAACGUUCAGUGGGUGGGAGCAUUGUGCGCGAGCGAGAGGGAGAAGGAGGGAUAGAAAUCAUCCGUCUCGUAAGCCGUCAUGGCUGAAUCAUUGUGAGGGACUCUUUCACGAGAACGAUAACAAAUGACAUUGUGAUUCUAAUUAAUAGGCGCGAAAAUCACUAGUACAUGGAACUAUUUAUAAACCGUAUCCCAAUGUGGAAUGUGCUGAACAGCGUUCUCGCGUGUGCGUAACUCCCCCCCGUGAAACGAUGAACGGGUUAAGUUUUAGUGAAUUCUGUUGCUUAUUUUGCUGUCCACCCUGCCCGUCCAGAAUCGCAGCUAAACUAGCGUUUCUACCGCCCGAGCCUACGUACACCUUCAUCGAGGAUGAGGGUUCAAAAUUCACGAUAUCCCUGUCGGAGAGAGCCGAGUGGCAAUAUACGGAAAGGGAGAAGGAAUCGGUGGAAGGUUUUUACGCAAGAACGUCACGAGGAAACCGAAUAGCAUGUUUGUUCGUACGAUGCUCGGCCACCGCACGUUUCACCAUAUUAUUCUCUCAUGGAAAUGCAGUUGAUCUUGGACAGAUGUCCAGCUUCUAUCUGGGACUUGGGUCGAGGAUAAACUGUAACAUAUUUAGUUACGAUUAUUCGGGUUACGGGGUUUCUGGCGGUAAACCUUCGGAAAAGAACCUUUAUGCGGAUAUAGACGCUGCGUGGCAUGCUCUGAGAACGCGUUAUGGCAUUAGUCCAGAAAAUAUUAUUCUUUAUGGCCAAAGCAUCGGGACUGUGCCCACGGUCGAUCUGGCCGCGCGCUACGAGGUUGGCGCAGUUGUUCUGCACUCGCCUUUAAUGUCCGGAAUGCGUGUCGCUUUCCCGAAUACCAAGAGAACCUGGUUUUUCGAUGCUUUCCCAAGUAUAGAUAAGGUACCCAAAGUAACAUCCCCUGUUCUGGUGAUCCACGGCACUGAGGAUGAAAUAAUAAACUUUAGUCAUGGUUUGGCAAUAUAUGAAAGGUGCCCGAGAGCAGUAGAGCCAUUGUGGGUGGAGGGUGCUGGCCACAAUGACGUGGAGCUGUACAAUCAGUACUUGGAGAGAUUGAAACAGUUUGUGAGUGUGGAGCUGGUAAACUGACGGCGACUGAGCCUCUCCCAGACUCAGGGAGGGCAGGGAGGGCACACUCAUGUGAGCAGUCAAGGGCAUACUACUUCGAACAAUUCCAACACCAUCAGUUCUAUCUCCACCAGCUCACAAACAGAGAAGCUUGUCUAGCAGUCGCCUCC